AUGACGCAUUUCCUGAAAGCGAAUGUCCUAAUAAUGACCCAAAGCUUAAACAUUUCCGUCUAUAAAUUGCCGGAAACCAAUUCCAAACUAGUUUGUCAUAAAAAUUGUUACAAAGCUGGAUUCAUUUAUUAUGGCUUGGAAUUCGGCCAGGAAUGUUUCUGUGGCAACCAAAUUCGAAAUGCAACAAAUAUUGACGAUGCUCUCUGUACAACAUAUAAAUGUUCUGGGAGUGAUGAGUUUUGCGGAGGAUUCAACGCGAUUGAAAUUUUUCGAACCGGCUUAAAACAAGAAGUAUCGCUUUCAAAGCCAAAAUUUGAAAUCGACGAAAGCAAUAAAGUGAAAAAAGCAAAAAUCUUGUUUCUCCUUCAAUUGAAUGGUCGUAAUGAACGACAGGUCAAACGAUUUAUUAGGUCGAUCUAUUCCAAAAAUCAUUACUAUUACAUUCACGUUGACAAACGACAAAAAUUCAUGCACUCUGAAAUGACGAAAGUUGCGAAAAAAUUAGAAAACGUUGUGAUCUCACAGAAACGAUUCAGCACCAUAUGGGGCGGAGCUUCUUUGUUGGAAAUGUUUCUGGAAGUUAUUCGAGAAUCAUUGCAAAAUGAGAAUAUCAAUGAUUGGGAUUACAUUGUAAACUUCUCCGAAAGUGAUUUUCCGGUUUUGCCUUUCAAAGACUUUGAAAAUUUGAUAAAUGCUAAUAUCGGUUAUUCUUUCUUAGCCGCUCAUGGAUAUAAUACAGGAAGAUUCAUCCAAAAGCAAGGAUUCGAAUAUGUGUUCCUAGAAUGUGAAGAAAGAAUGUGGAGAAUCGGAAGACGAGAUUUUCCUUCAAAUUUGCGCAUUGAUGGGGGAUCCGAUUGGGUUGGAAUACAUCGAGACUUAGCAGAAUAUUCUGUUAGCAGUGAAGAAAUGCCGUCGAAACUUCGUAAAAUGUUCUCGAGUAUUUUAUUGCCACUGGAAAGCUUUUACCACACACUUUCACACAACAGCAAAUUUUGCGGAAAUGUGUUGUCCAGUAACCUGCGAUUGACUAAUUGGUACAGAAAACAGGGAUGUCGGUGUGAAGGAUUGAAGAAGGUCGUUGAUUGGUGUGGCUGCUCACCACUCGUUUUUCGCAAUGAUACUGUUUCAAAGUUUGAUAUGGAAAAAGCCCGAAAUAAACCAACAUACUUUGCUCGUAAAUUUGACAGUAUUAUCAAUAUCGAUGCAAUCGCUUCUGCCGAACUUCAAGCGGUCGGAGUUGACAGGAUCGAUGUGACUCAUCCUUCUUAUCAUUCGGCUUUCGUCAGUUUGUAUAAGCGAGAUAUCGAUGGAGAUGCUUCGCAUCUGUUCAAUUUUGCGAAAUCAAUAAAUAUUAUUUCGAAAACCGAUGCCGUUUUGAAAAGCUUGGCAAGAAUCGAUGUAUUCAAAGCGCAUUCGAAAUCCCCGUUUCAGAUUGUUUUGUCUACCGAAACUACUAUGGGAAAAUACGAAUAUUUGGUUCAAAGAGUUCCACAUUUCGAUAUUUUUCCGCACGAAGAUGUUGAUGGGUAUGUCCUCACUAAUAUCACAUAUGGAAGCCAAUUCGACUUGAAAGAAGAAGUUUGUAGAGAAUUUAUUGGAAUAAUUACAAAGAAUAGCACGGUUCAAUUGCGUCUUCUAUGGGUCCCUUCGGCUAUGAACAGGACUCCGCCACCCAAGAAAAUGGACAAAGUUAAAACCAGUCCAGAUGUCGUAGUUAGAUGGAGGAAUAGCGAAGAUGUGGUGAUAGCUACCAACGAUGUCAAGUCUUCCAGCAGCUCGUCAAAAUGCAAUGAAUAUUCUGCAGAUAUUUUUACUCCUAAGAAUUUGAAAAUUGGUUCAAUACAUUUCCCGGUGAUGGCUGAAGAUGAUCCCGAGUGCAAUUUGAAAAUGACUUCGAGAUUUUAUGACAAUGACAAACUUCAAAUCAUUUCUGAAUUCAAUAUGCUCGAUUUUCAAUGGAGAAUACACGCAAUCGGACAGCAAUUGGCAAAGUUCGGCUCCGAUGCACACAAAGGCAAAAUCACAUUAGAUCAAAUUGCUUCUGAAAUCAAUUGUAUGGAUUCGUUCAAUUUUCGACAUAUUCUCCCUCCUCCUAAAAUGGUGUUCACCGCUCCAUACGAGAAGCAGCCCGCAGUUCAAUAUACGGACAUUUAUCGCGACGACUUCAUUCAUGGAAACAUUUUUGGAUUGAUGAAAAAGGGCAAUAAAGUUCCACUUCACGACCAUCCAAACAUGAGCGGCGUCAUGAAAGUUAUCACUGGUUCAAUUUUGCUGCGCACUUACUCGAUAUUGCAAACAAUUCGAGAUGAAGGAAAUCCGUGGGGUCGAAAUGCGAUUGUUCGAUUUGAUGGAGAAAAAAUAAUUUCCAGUCGAGACCAGGUUCAUUCGACAUUUUUGGAUGCGCAGAGAGGCAACAUUCACGAAGUUAUUGCUCUUGAGGAUAAUUCUUAUUUUCUCGAUGUAUUCCUACCUGGCGACUACCCCAAAUACGUAAUGGAGCAAUUGAGGCAAAAGGGCUGGUCUUUAAACGAUAACAAUGUCGCAGAAUUAUUUGAUGCAAUUUUUCCGGAAAAUGCUUCUGUACUGGAAAAUACGCUUCUGAAUGAAGACAUUCGCGAUUUUGGGGAUCAAUGCAUUGUCAAUUUGCAUAAUAAAGAAAGCCGCAUCUAUAGUGGACCCUCUGUUCUUCAGAUUUCGAAAAUCAGAAAUGUGUGUAUUCCAAAAAUCCGGGAAGAUUUUGGAUCUUCACCUGAUUCUUCAACGAUUUUGCGCAUUUUCCUUACUGAUGGUCAUACAACAAUUUCGGCGAUUUCACUUGAAAAAAUUUCUGGAAUCAGCGCUGACACACCGCCUGGUACAAAAGUGCUGUUGAUUAGUGAAAUCCCAGUGGAAGGAAUUUUUCUCAUUUUAACGCCAGCAAAUACAAAAGUAUUUGGUGGAAAAGUUGCAAAAUUAAUAGAAAAAUGGAAUGUUGAAAGAAAUUCCAGUAGAGCUGCGGGAUUUUCGAUUAGUAAGAAUACAGGAGCUCCAAAAUGGAUUUCUUUUGGGCAAAAAGGAGCUGCUCAGCAGAAGAAAAACUUAUCCGCAAAUUUUAAAGCAAAUGAUGUCAUUCAAACAAAUAAAAAAGAAGACGAGCAAGACGAAUUUGCAAAGAACAGAGAACAAACUUUAAAAGACUUGCUUUCUGAAGAAGUUAAGCAGCAGAAAAAAGUGUUCAGUAGACCGAAUGUUGCUCUUCCUGAAGCGAAACCAGUAGCAGCGAAACUACCUAAAAUACCAAAGCAACCGAAGGAGGAAAAACCGAAGCGAAGACGAGGGCGAGAUAGUGUUGGCGAGGAGAUUGCUGAAUAUGUCAACAAACAAUCCGCAACGCCGAAACUUGCUGACUUUCUUGGCGAAAUGGUCGCGCCGUCAACUAAAAUUCCUUCACAAGGAUUGCCAACACACAAUGUCUCGCACCCGAUUGGCGAGUGGGUAAUUCAUGUCUGGCUCCAUGGCAGGACGGGCAAAUGUAUCCAGCCGUCAUUACAGAGAUAUACCCAAAUCGCAUGUGCUCAAUAA